GAUACGAAACCAAACAUAAAGCUUUUAGUAUAUUUCACCGAACGUAGCCCUUAAGUAAACCCCAUUUUAAAUGUUGUCCUAAAAAACACACACGUGAACCAUUUGCCACGUAACUCCCAACCCAAUCAUGGCGUCUCCUCCUUCCACCACCACCACCGUCGCCGCCUUCCUCCUCCUCCUCCACACCGCCAUCAUCGCCAGAUCACAACCAUACAUCGGAGUAAACUACGGCCUGGUGGCAGACAACCUCCCACCACCAUCCGCCUCCGCAAAGCUCCUCCAAACCACCUCAAUCGGAAAAGUCAGACUCUAUGGCGCCGACCCAUCAGUCAUCAAAGCCCUAGCCAACACCAACAUCGGAAUCACUAUCGGCGCCGCCAACUCCGACAUUCCAUCCAUGGCUGCUGACGUCACCUUCGCUAAAAGCUGGAUCGGCUCCAACGUAUUACCAUACUACCCCGCUAGUAAGAUCAUUCUAAUUAACGUCGGAAACGAGGUUUUACAAUACGGUACGCCGGAACUUAAAACUCAACUGUUGCCGGCGAUGAAGAACAUGCAAAGUGCACUUGAUGAGUUGUCACUGGGCGGGAAGAUUAAGGUUUCGACGGUGCAUUCAAUGUCGGUGUUGGGGCAAUCGGAGCCGCCGUCAGCCGGAAGGUUUGACCCGGGUGUUGUGGAUUUGUUGAAGGGGUUGUUGGAGUUUAAUAAGGAAAGUGGGUCCCCGUUUUUGAUUAAUCCGUACCCGUUUUUUGCUUACCAGACUGAUCCCAGACCGGAAACGUUGGCGUUUUGUUUGUUUCAGCCGAACGCUGGCCGGCCGGAUUCCGGCACGAAUGUGAAGUAUAUGAAUAUGUUUGAUGCUCAGGUGGAUGCAGUAAGAGCGGCAUUGAACGCCAUGGCCUUCAAUGAUGUCGAGAUUGUGGUCGCGGAAACAGGUUGGCCAUACAAAGGUGGUGAUGAUGAGGCCGGUGCAACCGUAGAAAACGCCAAGGCUUACAAUGGCAACUUGGUAGCUCAUCUUAGGUCCAUGGUUGGAACUCCAUUGAUGCCCGGGAAAUCCAUCGACACCUAUCUGUUUGCAUUAUAUGAUGAGGAUUUGAAGCCUGGGAAACCCUCAGAGCGCGCUUUCGGGAUCUAUAAUGUCGACUUGACACCGAUAUACGAUGCCAAACUCGCUGGUAAUCAGGGUGGUCUUGCUAAUGCACCAACUCCCACUAUAAGUCCACCGGCGGAUGCUCCUACUACUAGUGGCGCAACCACGCCUCCGACCAACUCAUCGACCACAACAACUCCUCCCAGUUCCACCACCCCUCGUGACUCUCCUACUGCACGGGUCAAUGCAUCUAAGAAUGCAGCGAGCUUGGAUAAAAUCGGUGCUGGUUUUGUUAUUGUUGUUUCUCUAGUGGUAGCUUCUAUGUUGUAGAUUGGUGUGAUAAGGUUUGGUGAUUUAAGGUUAUUUGGGUGUGCAAUUGUUUUUGUGUGUAUGAUAGGAAAUUAUAAAUGUAGAAUAUUAAUUAGUGUGAUGCUUUUUGUUGGUAUGAUCAUGUAUAUUGAAUGCAUAGCAUUUUGUAUGCGAAAUUCAAAAUUUUUA